AUACAGACUGCUUCUACAAACAUUUGUGAAAGAAUGGCAAUAAGUCCAUCCAUGAAAUUUCCUUGCUACUAAAUAUUCCACGGUCAACUGCUAGUGGUAUUAUAACAAAGUGGAAGCAACUGGGAAAAACAGGCAACUCAACAAUGAAUUGGUAGGCCACAUAAAAUGACAGAGUGGGAUCAUUGCAUGCUGAAGCGCACAGUGCACAGAAGUUGCCAACUGUCUGCAGAUUCAAUAGCUACGGGACCUCCAAACUUUGUGGCCUUCAAAUUAGCACAACAGUGUGUAGUGAGCUUCAUGGAAUGGGUUUUCAUGGCCGUGCUGCAUUCA